AUGUCGCCGCAUCCUACUCUCAAGGCGACUUUCGCCAGUCGAGCUGAGACAGCUACCCAUCCUCUCAGUCGACAUCUCUACAAGCUCAUGGACCUCAAGGCCUCGAAUCUUUGCCUCAGCGCCGAUGUCGCAACCGCUCGCGAACUGCUCUACUUCGCCGACAAGAUUGGUCCCUCCAUCGUCGUUCUCAAGACUCAUUAUGACAUGGUUGCCGGCUGGGACUUUGACCCUAGGACAGGCACUGGUGCCAGGCUCGCCUCACUAGCACGCAAGCAUGGUUUCCUCAUCUUUGAGGAUCGCAAGUUUGGUGAUAUUGGCAAUACGGUCGAGUUACAGUAUACUAGUGGUGCUGCGCGCAUCAUCGAGUGGGCACAUAUUACCAACGUAAACAUGGUUCCAGGCAAGGCCUCGGUUGCAUCUCUGGCCCACGCUGCCAACCGAUGGCUCGAGCGAUACCACUACGAGGUCAAGACAUCUAUCAGUAUUGGAACUCCCACCGCCAGUCAACUGGACGAGGAUAGCGAGCGUUCAGACAACGAGAAUCAGAAGGACACGCCGGAACCUGCUCGCGCAGACAGCGGUCGAAAAGGUAGCAUUGUUUCCACCACCACCGUCACCCAACAGUACGAGUCGGCCGAUUCACCACGUCUCGUCAAGACGAUUCCUGAGGGCGAUGAGACAGUAUUCCCCGGCAUCGAUGAAGCGCCGAUCGAGAGGGGCCUGCUUAUCCUGGCACAGAUGUCGAGUCAGGGCAACUUCAUGAACAAGGAAUAUACGCAAGCAUGUGUAGAGGCCGCACGGGAACACAAGAACUUCGUCAUGGGCUUUGUCUCACAGGAGUGCCUCAACACAGAACCCGAGGAUGACUUCAUCCACAUGACCCCCGGCUGCCAAUUGCCCCCUGAGGGUGCGGACGAGAAUGAAGCCAUCAAGGGUGAUGGCAAGGGUCAACAGUACAACACGCCACAAAAGAUCAUUGGUAUUGCCGGUGCGGACAUUGCUAUUGUUGGACGCGGGAUCAUCAAGGCAAGCGACCCCGAGGAUGAAGCUGAGCGAUAUCGGUCCGCGGCAUGGAAGGCUUACACGGAGCGGUGCGACCGCGAACAACCAUGCAGCAAUUGCAAGUCUCGAAAUAAAGAGUCAGCUUGUGUUUAUGAAACAGGAGCCCCAACAGCCAAGCAGAGCAAGCAGACAUCAAAAGCAUCGCCGACUUACUCGGAUACAUUCGCUAAACAAGCCGAGCCAUCACCACCACUGUCUGUUGGCUCAUCGAAUGAGAGGCCAGAUGAGCCUCUGUCGUCCAAGGUAGCUGACUGGGGGUACGCUCAUAAUGGCGCGUCUACUAUGGGUAUACUCAAACGCAUCGAGACGCUCACAAAUGGUGAAGAUGGGCCCCUGGAUCUAACAUCUCGCGAUUCUUCUGGAGGCUCUCCCGGCAAAGAGCUUGCCCUCAAGGAAAAGUACAAGGCUAUAAUUCGACAAUUACCCGCCCGGAAUUACAUCGAAAAACUCGUCGAGAUGUACAUGCGCGGCUUCAACUGGCAGUACUAUCCGAUAGACCCUGACAUCUUUUAUGCGCAGCUCGACGAAUGGAAUUCGUUGCCGUUCUCGGUAUUCUCAGAUGUCGGUCCCCGUGGCCUGAGCCCUGAACUGCGAGCCUUUCCAGCAGUCGUAUUCCAAAUCAUAGCAACGGCCCUUCUCCUAUUGCCUGAGAAGCCAGAUUCCACCUUCGACUCGCUCAAAUUUGCUGGAGGUAUGAGAUUCGAAGAUUUGGCUGUCGAGUAUAGCGAGUCAGGGCAGGCAGUUCUUGACCUUUUGGGGAAGAAGAACUUGUCUCUAUCUACAGUGCAAGCACAAUUUCUCAGAGCGUCAUUCCACAAGUUUACAGCAAAAGUUACAGAUGCAUGGCACACCAUCGCAAUUGCCAUUCGCGAUGCUCAGGACCUGGGAAUGCAUCGUGACAGCUUAGAUCCAAAACCAAAGGAUGCAAGCGUCGAGAGCAUUCUCGAGAAUCAAUGGCUGAUUCAGCGGAGGAGACGGAUCUACAUCCUGCUCGCCAUCUGGGACCUCAACUGCGCGAUGAUCCUUGGACGUCCAGGAACCGUCGACUGGAAUCAGACUCUUCCUACACCUCCAGUCGAUGCGCCUAUACCUCAAGAUCGCACCAAGAUGCCAGUGGUUCCUCGAAGUGAAGAUGAUCAUCCUACACCGGUCACUCGGCUCUUGUGGAACUACGAACUCUGUGGGCCUUUGCGGGCAAUUCAGAACCUUGAAGUCAGCGGUUCAUACCCCAUGGACCCUGCAAAGAUUGACGAGAUUCACCAAAGUAUUUUGAAUCUCGACAAGAAGAUACCGGCUUCCUUUCGUAUGGAGAACCCCGAUACGCGGUGGGACCACUUGCCAGAGGCACACUGGUAUCCAGCAAAUCGAUUCUACUUUGCGAGCCUUCAUGAAUUCAGUAAGAUGGCUCUUCACAGGCCUUUUAUCUUCAAUCGCCUCGAGAGUCGAGUGGAGGCUAUUCAUGCGAGCCUGAAAACCCUCGAAAUUCAGAAAAUGACAUUUGAAGGUUUACCCCCAGACUCGUGGAGGAACUUCAUGUUAUUCUUCGCUAGUUUCGAUGCGAUUGUACUCCUAGCAUCCGUGUAUAUCUUGUUUCCACGCGAGCACACGGAGUACACCGGCAAGACGAUAGAGCACUUUCAAUGGACGAUCGAACGGUUUUCGGCCAUUCAAGAGCGCAACCCGUUGGCCAAGUCGGCUCAGGGCGUGCUAAGAGCUAUUGUUGCUCGGUUCAAGAGAGCGAUGAACAAAGCCCAGGCUGGCUCCUUGCCAUCUCUAGUUACCAGCUCUUCAGAGGGGUCAAUCAAAGCAAAUGCAGACUCGACAACACCAAGUAGCUCAUCUCUAGGUGGCAGUGAGUUUUCGGGGCUGGACUCGGCAUGGAUAGCACCUUCAGCGGACAACCUGAAUGCGAUGGCCCCUUUCUUUCCGACUGGAGAUCUUGUUUACAAUGACCUUACGGCGGGCCCCGGCAUGACUAUGCUUCCUCUACCCUUGCAAGAUGGCCAAGGAGAUAUUGGCAAUUAUUCCAUGUGGCAAUUUGGAGGCGGAUGGGGAGAUGAUACAGUUUGGCAAAUGCUGAACCAGUUCCCUGCUGCCACGGACGGGAGCAUUCCCGACAUCAUCUAG